CUGGUGUAAAGCCCUCUUAUAACUGUCAGCUUGGAGCAUGAGGACAGAGAGGGAGAACUAGGGGAGCAGGCAGCAGCUGAGAACCCAACACAUCCUCAGCUCUAAUGUAUCUACACCCUACAUGCACAACAAACCCCAGAUGCUGACUGGAUAGUGGAUCUGCAUGUCCAUACCAUGCAUCUCCCAGAAUUUACCAUGAAAAAGACCUUCUCCAGUACUGAACCUGAGAAUAUAAUGAAAUCAUUAGUGUAGAUAAGUCUUGGGACUUAGGUAUCCUUCUGUUUACAACAUGGAGAACGGUAGCAAAUUUGACAGUCCAACCAACAUCUCCUUGGCUAACAAAGACUUGGUUUCCAGCAUGAUUGAGUACAAAGCCAUCUCAGUGUUUCUUGUUCUGCUGAUUUGUGGUGUUGGUAUAAUAGGGAACAUCAUGGUGGUCCUUGUGGUUUUCAUAACCCGGGACAUGAGAACACCAACCAACUGUUAUUUGGUCAGCUUGGCAGUGGCGGACUUGAUGGUCCUGGUGGCUGCUGGAUUGCCAAAUGUAUCAGACAGCUUGGCAGGAACGUGGAUAUAUGGACAUGCUGGAUGUCUCGGGAUAACCUACUUCCAGUAUUUGGGUAUCAAUGCCUCCUCCUGCUCUAUAACAGCUUUUACUGUUGAAAGAUACAUUGCAAUUUGCCACCCUAUGAAAGCACAGACCGUAUGCACGGUAUCCCGUGCCAAGCGCAUAAUUGCCAUUGUUUGGUUCUCCACCUGCAUUUACUGCAUGUUGUGGUUCUUCCUCGUGGAUAUACAAGUGAACAAAAGCCAACAAGUGGAAUGUGGUUACAAGGUCUCCCGAAACCUGUACCUUCCCAUUUACUUCACAGACUUUGCUAUAUUUUAUGUUAUUCCGCUUUUCGUGGCCACUGUCUUGUACGGACUUAUUGGACGCAUCUUAUUUCUCAGUCCUAUCCCUAGUCAUCCUGAGAGCACCACAGAGAGAUGGAGGGAAAAAAGCAGCAAAGAAAAAAAUGGGGCAGAAUGCGAAAGCAACAAGAUAAACAGUCGUAAUCGACCUAAAGGAGCGCUGUCCUCAAGGAAACAGGUCACCAAGAUGUUGGCGGUGGUGGUCGCGCUCUUUGCUUUUCUUUGGAUGCCCUACCGGACAUUAGUCCUAGUAAACUCCUUUGUAGAGAAUCCAUACCUGGACCCCUGGUUUCUUCUGUUCUGUCGCAUUUGUGUCUAUGCCAACAGUGCUAUCAACCCGGUCAUCUAUAACCUCAUGUCACAGAAGUUUCGCACAGCUUUUAAAAGGUUGUGUAAGUGUGGCCAAGUAGAGACCCAAAGAAGGAACACUUACAUGACCACCACCACCUACAGCAUGGUAAAGGAUCCCAGCAACGUCAGGCCUGACAAGAAAGAGAAAUCACCUCUAGAGAACCCAACCGUUGUGCCAAAACAGUCCGACAAGCCAAAGGUAGAGGGGGAAUUAUAUUAUAGUGUUGUCUAAACACAUUCUAUGCUCAAGCUUCAUACCACCAGUAAAGUUGAAGAUUUGCUGUAGAGCCAACAUGACAUGACUACAGAGCCACAAAGGCCAAGACUCCCAGCCAAUACCAUACGAGUCAAGCCAAAAUUUUUAAGAUCCUUGAGAAUCCUAGCAAUGUUUGCAGUCUAUACUUAAAUGAAAGACCAUUGUAAUAAUGACACAUUAUAGAUAUACUUGGCUUUAAAUUACCAUGCUUUAGAGCUGCAGACUUUGUCCUCAAAAAAAGGCAUAUGGUCAGGUGUGUUACUUCAGGUCGUGAAUUACUACAUCAAUUACUACAUCAUCACCACUAAGGUUCUUUUUUUUUUUUGUGUGGGGGGUAGGUAUGUCGAAUGAAAGACUCACUAUGGACACCCUUGCUCAGUUGGGUGGCUUCUGAAAUACCUGCAUAAAUAGAGAUGGGGCUCUUACUGAUUUUACUAUGGGGCCUUGUCUCUUCAUUGUAUGUUCUUUAUGACCAACAUUUUUGUGUCCUUUGACUGAUAUCUUUAUUGAAAAUGUUUAGUUGUUAUGUGUGCAUGGCAGUGCUAAAGUUCAUAAAAAUUCCAGUGAAACCCUAUACUAAGUGCAUGGAGACAAAAAUCCUGACAGCAACUAAAUCUGAUCUUUAUUUUGGCCAGCAACCCACCUUUCUUUAUUCAAUAUCUUAUGUCUACAAAAAGUCACUAAAGUUUUGCUGGUGGAAUGAUUAUUGCAAACAGCCCCAUGAAGUAUCUGCAAGGGGGACAAGGCUGACUGCAGAGAGGGCAGAGUUUGGAUGGGGGUUGGUCAUUCCUGGUCAUUUUGUGGAUGUUCCUGGCAAUUUUGCACUAUCCCAAGGGCGAGACUUAUAUGCUCCAGUAUCAUGUUGGCAAAUAUGGGUAAAACUAGGAGCAUAGGAGUGAAGAAGUAGCUGUUUCACCUGGCCUAAUGUCAAAAGGAGGUCAAAAGUCUAUCUGACACAGAAGAAAACACCAUUAUUCUAAAAGGUUGGUUGUGCCCCUGUUACAGAUUUUGCAUUGGUGCUGAGAAGCUUUCAAUUAUACCUCCAGGAGUAGAUAUUUGUGCUAAAAAAUAGUCAGAGAUCUAAUAAAAAAAAUUAGAAUAGUUAAAAUUGUUAAAGGAGUACUCCAGGAUUAGAAAACUUAUCCCCUAUCCUAAGGAUAGGGGAUGAGUUUCAGAUAGCGGGGGCCCAACCGCUGGGGCCCCCCGUGAUCUCCUGUACGGGGCUCUCGGCUCUUUGACGAAAUAGCUCAUUUCGACCACAGCAUGAUGCGGUGUCCGACACGCCCCCUCAAUACAUUUCUAUGGCAGAGGCGGAGGCUACCGAUUGCAGCGCUCCGGCUCUCCCAUAGAGAUGUAUUGAGGGGGCGUGUCGGCUGCCGCGUCAUGCGGUGGUCGGACACAGCCCGUAGCCGCUGACUGUCGGGGCCCCGCACUGGAGAUCGCGGGGGGCCCCAGCGGUCUGACCCCCUGAUAUCUGAAACUUAUCCCCUAUCCUUAGGAUAGGGGAUACGUUUUCUUAUCCCGGAGUACUCCUUUAAUAUUAUGUCUUCUUUGCGAGGUCCCAUUGCACUCAUUAAACAAACUCCAUAAGGUUCCAGUUAGGAGGCAUGUUAACCAUCUGAUAAGAAAUAGGGCUUUUCCUAUUACAUGUGUUCAAGAUUCUAAAGAAAUGUGUCAUGUGAUACCUUUCAGCUCUACUUAAUUGCUCAGAAGGAGCAUAGAAUAAGAGGCUUGUGGAAUAUUUCUUUAUUAUUGAAUAGCAUUUUAAAGGGGAAUUUAAUGGGUUAAACUGCUCCUUUUGUUUCAGAUUUGUUAGGGCCUAGUUAGAAAGCAAUGAAUGGGAUGAUGGUGACAAAUCCCUUUAAAAUUGGUCAUGUUGGCUGAACUAUCAGCCAUCAUGACCUUUUUUUUUUUCCAUAUGGCCCCUGGUAUAUUCUUUUCCCUUAGUACACUGGACCUUUUAUAGCUUUCAGCUGUGGGGCUGAUGCUACGCACGAUAUAUCUCCCAGACAUGGAAGGAGCCUUGAUGUUUUAUCCAAGACAAGGUAAUUAUUGAUUUUCCAGUUUCAGCACAUGAACCUUUCCUCUUCCAGUGGGUUUAAUACGGUUUAUGGAUACGGAUAGUAUGGAUAGAAUAAAAAUACACAAAACAAGAAUGUCACUGGGGCACAGUUUCUCUUCUCUGUUGUCAGUCUUUAAUAGAGCUGUAUGUGAAUUCCUCCUGUGUGUGAGCAGUAUACUCAUCGAUGGUGCAGUUAAGCUGUAUUCAGGUGAACAAAGAAUCAAUACAAAUGCUCUUGUACUGCUGCUGAAUUCUGCUUACCCUGCCAUUUUCUGCAGAGUGUUCUACAGCUGAGAUCAGUGACAUAAUAAAGCCAGGACAACUUGCUCCAAAGAACUAAGAAUUCUUUGCAAGGCCCAGACAUGACUGUAUAUCUCUCAGAAGGUAAUAAUCACCAGUAUAGAUUCCCAAGGAACAACAGAGCAGAACAUGCACCACACGUGUUAAAUGGGAACUGUCAGAUACAAAACUUUAUACACUGGAGAUCUAAAUUAGAGAACAAUUUAUGAACACUUGAUUUUUUCAGAAAUAAUGUAAUCUACAUUGAUCAUCAUUUGAAGGAUUUUUUGUAAGGGGUUCACCAUGCCAUUAGAACAGGGUUUUUUUUUUUUUUUACAAAAUAAAACCAAAGUAUUUCAACAUAAAACCUUUAUUUUUCAAAAGAAAGUGAUGAUGAUAAUUAGAGAACAGCAAUGACUGUAGCAGAGAAAGAUUGUAAGUAAAUUUUCUGAAGGUUACAACAGCAGGAAUCAGUAGGAAGUGUACAGGCCUUUGCUUUGAAUGACUUCAGCACAUCUGCGCCCCCCACAGGACAUUACUAGCCUCUCACACUGCUCUGGGGGGAUUUUGCUUCACUCUUCUUCCAGUCUCUUCCACAGUUUUGUGACUGUUGUAGGUUUCUUGGCCAUAACUUUGUCACCAAGGAUUUUCCAGAGGGUUUCUAUUGGGUUUAGAUCAGGACCCGUUUUGCUGUGUGACAGGGGACAUUGUCCUGCAUGAAUAUUGCUGCUGAUUGAGUGAUGAACACAAGGAAGGAACCAUGUGUUGUUGAAGAAGGUUCUGAUACACACUUGCAUUCACUCUGCCAUGUAGCUGUAUGGGAGGUCCAAUUCCUGCUGCAGAAAACAUUCCCCAAACCAUGACACUUCCUCUUGUACCUUUCACUGACUUCUUUACACACUUUAGGUUCAGUAUUUCCUUAGUUUGUUGAUGAACAUAAUGUGUCCCAUAAGACCCAAAUAAAUUAAACUUGCUUUCAUCACUAUAAUGAACUCUGGACCACUUCUCCUCUGUCCACACAACAUGCUCCUCAGCAAAGGUGAGUCUAGCCUUUUGAUUCUUUCUGCUAAUGAGGUUUGGUUACUGCAGAGUUGGCUUUCAGUCCAAAUGCUCUUAAACGUUGAGACACUGUAUGAUGAGACAGAUCCUUACCCUGUUCAGUGCUGAACUGGCGAGCAAUUCCACCUGCAGUGUUGAAAUGAUUACCCAUGGAGAUUCUCCGCAUUAUCCUGUCUCUCUUGCAUUUGUCUUUCGAGGGCGACCAGCUUUCUUGGGGACUUGAAUGAGUUUAUGAUGUUGUAAAGAUGCAAUGUUCUAGAAAUCACAGACUUGGAACAACCAACUUCUCUUGCUAUGGCUGAUAGGGUCACCCCUUUGGCCUUCAUCUGGACAACCUGCUGCCAGAGGAUUUCAGUCACUUUGGAACAGCACACCAUUUUUGCAAAGUCAGUGAAACUGGAAAGUUAGGCUGCCAGUUAAAUAGGGUUUGUCAGAUCAUUAAGGAAAUUAGCACCAGUUGCCAGAUUAACACCAAUAACUUGCAGAUAUGUGAAAGUGUUCUGUAAUUUUGAUCAGUGUUCUUUUUCAAUUAUCUCAUUUACAUUUUUAUUCUGAGUUUUAGAAUAAAUACAAUUUAUGAAAUAAGCUUAAAAUACAAUUUUACGUAUGUUAGGAUAUAUACACAUAGGACUGCACUAUGACCUUAACAUUUAGGAAACUGUGUGUUGUUCUUUAAAGGACAACUGGAGUGGUACCGUUUUACAUAUGCCCGUGCCCGGGCCUCAAAAAUAAACAAAAUAAACUCAUACAUACCUUCCUACGAGCCCCCGUUGGUCCGGCACAGGCCUCAUGGUCCGGCAGUGCUGACGUCAUUCCAAUUCCUGGGGACGGGGACGCCGCAUAGCCGUUGGCGUAUCACCGUCCGUAGCGAUAAAAAAAAAUUUGGGGUAUAUAUAUUUUAUCCUAAGACAAGUAAAAUUUUACAUAAUGCAUAUCCUCAAUACUUACUUGUGGUCUAAUGCAGAGGAAUUUCUGAAACUGGGGACCAGCACCUUAAUUAUGUUUUGCAGUAUCCAUGGAAGCACAAUGAGAGAACCUGGAGGUGGUAGCAUCAGCAUGAGGAGACCAUAGAGCAGCACAAUUAGAGAGCCUGUAGGUGGCAGCAUCGGCAUGAGGAGACCAUAGAGCAGCACAAUUAGAGGGUCUGGAGGUGGCAGCAUCAGUAUGAGGAGACCAUAUGGCGGCACAAUGACAGUGCCUGGAGGAGGUAACAUCAGCAUGAGGAGACCAUAUGGUGACACAAUGACAGAGCGUGGAGGCUGUAGCAUCAUCAUCAGGAGACCAUAGAGUAGCACAAUGAGAGAGCCUGGAGGUGGCAGCAUCAGCAUGAGGAGACCAUAGAGCAGCACAAUUAGAGAGCCUGGAGGUGGCAGCAUCAUCAUGAGGAGACCAUAUGGCGGCACAAUGACAGAGCCUGGAGGUGGUAGAAUCAGCAUGAGGAGACCAUAUGGUUGCACAAUGACAGAGCGUGGAGGUGGUUGCAUUAGCAUGAGGAGACCAUAGAGCAAAAUGAGAGCCUGGAGGUGGCAGCAUCAGCAUGAAUAGACCAUAUGGUGGCACAAUGACAGAGCCUGGAGGUGGCAGCAUUAGCAUGAGGAGACCAUAGAGCAGCACAAUGACAGAGCCUGGAGGUGGCAGCAGAAGCAUGAGGACCAUGCCAACCGCGGGUUGAGUCUGAGGAACCCACCGACUGUUGACUGGGGGUGUCAGAUGUCACAUGGGAUGAAGUGGAUGACCUGUGAAGGGAAUCGAUCAAUCAAGGUCGCUGGGUUGCUGGUCGAGACACGACUGCUAGCUGACACUGGGAGGUCAGACCUCUUGCUGUGACUCCGGCUGCCACACGCCCCUACUCUGCUGUGACCUCUUCCUGCACCUGAUCAAUUUAGGCCUCUGCCACUCCUUUGUGCACAUCCUGGCACUACUCUGACUGACAUACUUAUUGCGUAUAUGAGGGGAGUACAAUACGCUUCACUACGCUUAAAACAGCAUUUGUCUAGAAUAGCACAGGUUUGUACUAUUGGCUGUCCUUCCACAGUAUCUAGGCCCUUGACAGAUUAACAGGUACAAAAUAGUACACUACUUAGAUGUAGGUAUGUGUUAUGCACUUAUGAGGGCAGAAAAAUGCGAUACAGUACAAUUAAAAAACGUAUUGGGGUAAAACACACUGGUGAUUAUUUUUGAUUGGACUUUCACAAUAUCUAGGCCCUUGACAGAUUAACAGGUAAACUACUUAGAUGACGGUAUGUGAUAUGCACUUAUGAGGGCAGAAAAAUGCGCUACAGUACACUUAAAAAAACCUAUUGGAGUAAAACAUCAGCCAGUGAUUUAUUUUGGCUGUCCUUUCACAGUAUCUAGGUGCUUGGCAGAUUAACAGGUAGAAAAUAGUACACUACUUUGAUAUAUGUAUGGGGUAUGCACUAAAGAGGACAAAAAUAUGCGCUACAGUAUGCUUAAAAAAACGUAUUGGAGAAAAACACCAGCAGAUGAUUACUUUUGCCUGGCCUUUCACAGUAUCUAGGCCCUUGACAAGUUAACAGGUACAAAAUAGUACACUACUUAGAUAUAUGUAUGUGGUAUGCACUUAUGAGGCAAGAAAAAUGCGCUACAGUAUGGUAAAAAAAACAUAUUGGAGUAAAACACCAGCCGGUGAUUACUUUUGCCUGGACUUUCACAGUAUCUAGGCCCUUGACAGAUUAACAGGAACAAAAUACACUACUUAGAUGUAUGUACUCACCUGUAUGUACAGUACUCUUAAAAAACUUAUUUUUGCCCUACACCAGCAGUACACAACAGUGCUGUAGCACAAAAAAGCUGUGUACUAAACCCAAAAUUGCACUCUGUCAAAGACUAUUAGGACUAUUAGAUUUAUGAAGUUGAGGCAGCUUGUUGAAAUGUAUGAGGCACCACACUGCUAUCUGCCCCUCUCUGUAAUACAAUGCUGAAGGGACUGGGAGGUUAAUGGCUGCAGUAAAAAUCCUUUUCAGUGGAAAAAAGCAUUGCUCUCUGUCCAUCAGAAUGCUGAUGUGACUAGGAGGUGAAACACCGCUGGAAAAUGCUUUUCUGUGUAACACACACACAGGCUGUACGUCCUAUCUCUCUACAGUGUAAUGAAUGAAGUGACUGGCUAUAUGGCAAUAUGGCUGCCGAUUAUAUAGGGCUGUGACCUCACAGGGGUGAUUGGCUGCUGAUAGUUUGCAUCCUGCAUGUGAUUCAGGGUCAUGCCGCCUACCUGCCUUCCCGCCUUGCCUUCCCACCUUCCCAGAGUUCACUGCCCCAUGUCCUCACAUGUGGAUCCACCAUUUUAGAUGCCCUGGAGCCUGGACCGCACUAAAUGGAGUUUAAUUAAGCAAUUCGCGCAAUAGAAUCACGGAGAUAUUCACAUUCGUUGCAAAUUGAAUUUUUCAUGAAAUUCUUAAUGAAUUCACAUUAGUCAGCUCCGAUUUGCUCAUUUCUAGACAUGUCUAUUCUUUGCCUGUUCUUUAUGCAGAUAUCGGAAUUAGAAUUUCUGUGCCAGAUGUUUCCGGCACAGAAAACCUGCUUUGUGAACAGCGCAGCAGAAUCCCAUUGAAAUGCUGCUGCAGAAUCUCCAUGCGGAAUUCCAAUAAGGAAUUCCACACAGAAAUUGUGCCUCAUGAACAUAGCCUUAGAGUAGACAUCUAUGGUCAGCUUUAGGCUGUGUUCACAGAGUGCAUUUUUUCAGCAUUUUUUAUCGACUUUUCCCUUGAUUUUUGCAAACUUUCAGUAAAAUGGUGCUAUUUGACAGCAAUCGCGCAAAUCUCUGUAUAAAUAAUGUCCUUUUUUUGCAGCAAACCCACCAAAAUAACAGCAAAAUCGGAUUAAGUAUAAAAAAAAUCACAUAAUCUGAAGAUUCCCCCUGCUUUGGGCACAUUGAUCUUAUCGCACAACACUAUUUUAGACCCAAUAAACUAAAUCACAUAUGGAUUUCCAGGGCACUGUUAUGUGGUCAAACAGCUUACACUAAAAACAAGCCUCAAAGUAUUCUCAAGUAUCCUAGCGCAAGAAAGGGUACUUGUGACAUUCUACAAAGCUAUUCACUGAAAGAUAUCAGAGGUGCUUAUUGUUAAUUGACAUCAACUUGUCUCUGUGAUACCUCUUUAUUUGCUUUUGAUUUGAGUUGGGAAAAUACAUUCCCAAGGUGCUGUUGAUGGAUCCCUAAUUGUUAGUAUUUGACACCAUUUAAUACUUCAGUACAUAAUUGUGCCCUGCUGUGUGUGCAGUAGGAUCAUUAUUUUAUUCACACUGUAUAACAAAAAUCUUUUGCAUUCUUGAAAGUAUUACCAAGCUGCUUUUGACAAUCCCUAUUCGUUAAUGUAUUUAUUAUGAAGUUCUUGUUUUUUACUUAAUCCUGGAGGCACAUGCAACAUGUCCUCAUUCAAAUGCACAAUAUGGAAACAUAAGAUCAACUCUAGGCUUGUUUUUUUUUUUUUGCCCAUACAAUGCACACUCACUAUCGCUAUUCCAAAUGUGCCAUCUGUUUCAUUCUAGCACAACUGCAUCCAUGUGUUUCAUUACUGUAACUGGGUUAUGUGGUCAUCAUGCUGACCUACAGAAAAUCAAUGCUUAAAGGGGUACUCUGCCCCUAGCCAUCUUAUCCCCAAUCCGAAGGAUCCCCCACGAUCUCCAUGCAGCACCCGGCCUCCCAUAGACAUGAAUAGAGGGGGCGUGGCAUAAUGUCACGGCCCCCGCUGCAGGAACACAGCAUUCUAAACAUACUGUUUAGAACCCCAGGUGCUGCACAGAGAUCGCAGGGGGUCCCAGCGGCGGGACCCCUACGAUCAGACAUCUUAUCAUCUAUCCUUUGGAUAGGGGAUAAGAUGGCUAGGGGCGGAGUACAACUUAAAUGUUUCAGAGGAAGUGGUCAGUCCUGUAUCAUGUGAUUUCCUGUGAACCUUCCGGUUCUAUCUGUAUCUUGCUACUGCUGCUUUCUUGAUGGGAUUAAGAAAUAUAGUAAUUGUAUACCAUCCAUGAGGCUGUAUUCACACAUUAUAUUUUUUCUACAUUUUGUAUGUAUUAUUGCUGUGAUUUUCCCUAAAUCACAGGAAAAGGGCGCUAUUUUACUGUGAUUGUAACAUGUGAACAAAGCCUGAAGACGUUGUAUCUUUAUAUAGCACCUCUUAUAGGUCAAAUCACUUUAUCCUCAAGGCAAUAUUUUUAUAAAGACACAUUCUGAAUAAGAAAACACAUUAAAAUGCACAGAAUGUAAACUGACCCACAACCCAUUUAUACAUUUAGACUGAUGCCUGCUGUUGUCUAGCCAGGUAAUUAGAUCACCAGGUGCAGUGAUGAGACUCCACCUUCUCUCUCUCUCUCUCUCUCUGCAUAGCCAGAGGAUUAUUCUGUAAUAUUAACCAAUGCUGCACUAUUUAAGCAAGAAAAUCCUGGACUGCUUCUUUAACAGCAACUUGUUGAUGGUUCUCACACAAAGCAGCUUUUUUGGUUUUAUAUAGUGGGACCAAAGAAUGAAUGUGUAGGUGGGUAAACAUUUUUCUACUCAUCAAAAAUAAGAUGGGAGGGGGCUUUAAUGUAUAAACAAGAGGUUUGUAUGUAGCUGAAUAUAUUUUUUAGGAAUUAAUAUAUGAUGUCAUGUGGCUCUAUAUAUAUAUUUAUUGUAUGAGACUUUGUGUUUUGAAAAUUAAA